GGGUGGCGCUGUUUUCUGUCGUUCUCUCAGUGGUGGAAGGGAGGAGUGAGUGUGCUUUGCCUGAAGAGCCUGGGUGUUCGUGUGUGUUCGGAAAUGAGGACCAGUAAUGCGCAUCCACGAUAUGGAUUUGGGGGAUAUCUUACCAAAAAAUGGCAGUGAAGUAUUUUUCUCACAUGGAAUUUAUGAAAAAUAUUCGUUGGCUCCCAGUCUAUCUGAACUAUGGCAUUUAUCAAACAGAGAGGCAAAGAAAAAUGUGGAGGCAUUGUCAAACUCUUCAGAAAACAGACAGACUUGUAGCGUCCAGGCUGCAGAUCCAGUUGAGGUGGAGGCUAAAAGCACAACUGACGAUCAUCCUUUUCCAGAACCUAGAGUCCCCUAUCCAUUUACCUCCUCUUUGACUGAGAAGGAGCAGAAGACAUACUUAUAUCUGAUGACUAAGUACUCAAAAAACCCCCACCAUUUUCAAGUUAAUGCAUCAAGUCAAAGAGAAUUACUCACCUAUCUCCAAAUGAAAGAAGUAGUAAACAAUGAAAUUGCAGAAUUUAUGAAAUUUGCCCAAAAUGCUGCAAAAAGCUGUGCCCAAGAUUAUGAUGCCAUCUCUGAAGAUGCGCUACGUUAUACUGAGGAAUUAUUACAUUCUUGUAUUGGACAUGUGCAAAAGUACCCUGAGGUUUACACACUCCAGGAGAUCAUGAGUAUCAUGGGAGGAAAGUUUCAUACACAGUUGACCUUUAAGCUGGAAAAAAAUCUGCUUGCAGUGGGUACGGCAAGACGUGGUAAAACGGAUUUCCCUACCAUGUAUGUUCAGCUGCCCACAGAUUAUAAAACUGUUACAUCUAUUAUAACUCCAGAAAAAAAGGCUUCUCUUAUGCACAAUGAUAUUAGUUCGGAUUCAAAUGCAGAAAAACUUGCUUUGAAAUACUGUCCACAAGUUGUUUUAAGUAAUCAGUCAUUAUUUACUUUACUGAAUAAUCAUGGACUAAACUACAAGGAACAAUGGGAAAUUCCAGUUUGCAUUAAAAUGAUUCCUGUUGCAGGUAGCAAACCAACUAAAGUGGUUUAUGUUGAUUCACCUCUGCUGAGAAAGGAAAUGACAGUAAGAGAGAGGAACCAAAUCUUCCAUGAAAUUCCAAUGGACUUCCUAGCAACUAAGAAGUCUUAUGUUUCCAUUUCUCACGUAUUGAUGGACAAACCAGCUGAGGACCAUUUGUUUCAGUGGGAUAUGCCUUCUGAUACAUACCAGUACAGGAAGAUUCCUCUUCCAGAUGACACAGGGAUGGACUUUGAUGAUGAUGUUACAGAACUGGAAACUUUUGGAGCAACUGUUAAGAUCUCAAGAACUUCUAAAGUGGAAAGUACUUUUCCGACAGUUAGUAACACUGCUAAAGUUUUAUCACAUGACCUAAAAAUAGUGAAAAAAAAUAUAUCCACCAUAAACAGUGGAGAUGAAGAAGGGAAAGUCACCAUUUCUGAGCAAGGAGUUUUGGCAUGUGCCAGCGUACAGCUUCCAUCAUCAGAUGGCAUCCUGUGCUUCAGCCCUGAAGAAGAUUCAUCUCAUAAAAACUUGAAUUUGGAGGAAGUAGGACUGAACAAAGCACGUCAUGUCAUGACCAAAGUAUUGGACAAUGAAACAAAAUUAAAUACUCUGUCUAAUGCUGUUAGUCACAAGAAAGAGUCUGGUGCUGCAGAAAAAAAUGAGACUUAUGCUUCUUUAUGCAGUAGUGACACGGAUGAAGAGCGUUUGAUAAUUGAUACAGAAUGUAAAAACACCAGUUGUUGCAAAACACCUAUACCAGACACUGUUUCUCAUACCUCAACAGAGACUGCCAAAUCACCUUCCCCCCCACCGAUUCCAUUAGCAAGCAUGACUGAUUGCUCAGGUAUCAUGGAUCAGGGGAAAAAUGCCUCCAGAAAGCCUACAAGAAAGUUGUCCAAAGAAUUUGAUCCUGUGGGACAGAUUUUGAAAAUGCAAACUGAACUUCUCAAGUCACCUUCCCAAAAAGCUCAUGAGCAGCCAGUGGUGAGCUGUGAUAAUUCUAAUGCUGCGCCAGCCCACGUGCCUCAAUCUCCAAAACCAUUGGUGACCUCCAGCACAGAAACUGCGCCAGCCCCUGCCUCAAAUCCCAGCGGCUCAUCUAGAAAUACCUGGACUUGGCUUUUUCAGGGAGUGCCAAAGCGAAAGCUGCCAGAUGAACUUCAGAUACUUGAAGAAGACCCUUCAGAGUAUAAAGCACCUCAGGAUGGCAACCUUGUGUAUAAGCUAUUCAGUUUGAAUGAUCUGUUGUUACUUGUGCGUUGCAGUGUGCAAAAAGUGAAGUCAUCGCCACAAUAUCAUAAGAAGAAAAAAGCUCAAAAGCUUAUUCCAAUAUUUCUGUUGCCAAAACUAGAAUACCAAGCCUAUUACGGUGUUGAAGCUCUUACAGAAAGUGAAGUAUGUCAGUUGUGGACAGAGAGCAUGUUGCAUUCUGAAUGCUUAUUUUAUAUUGGUAAACAGACAGACUUGACUUCUCAGAUCAUGCUAUUAAGUGAAAUGUCAUGUCUUAAAAUAAAGGAAUUUUUAAAUCAACCAUAGUAGAGCCAUAGACUUACUGCUCUUUCUAAAUUCUCCCCCCAGUAUGAGUGUGAAAGUAUGGAACAACUGUUUGAAAACUGUGAUCUUACCAUUACUGACACAGUAUCUACAACUUGUAUUCUUGCUCAGACAGUUCUGAGACUGCAUAGAUCUUAAGUGAAACCUCUAAAAUUGAAGUUCUGAGCAUGUAGUAGACCUCAGUGUUGAAUUGCUUAGGAGUUCCUGGAUCUUGAAAAAAGUUAAUUCACUGUCUCAACGAUCUCUUGUAUUGCCAAAUAAGUAUUGGUGGAAUGUUCUUUGGACCUUGGUCUGUGCCCCCUAAUUGUCUGACAUUGUUCUUCAGUAUUGUAUUGUUCUGUGAGGCCGAGGGAGGAAUCUCAUAGCUCCACGCAGUGACUCAGCAGUGCUGCCAGCUCAGCAGAUGAGAAAGAAAACAGAAGUGUAACUGUGGUCUCCUGCAGAAAUUGCAAGGUGUCAUAUAAAUUAGAAUUUUUUUAUUUCACAUGUUGUCAAAGAAGAUAAUGAUUAUUUGCACGAAAGCAAAGAUACUAUCAUCAAACAAACUUGAAACUGCUGUCUUCCUAUUGCUAGUAGAGCACCUUGCUUGGUUGUUGAUUUAAGUUCCCUUGCUACUCAGAUAGGAAAUCCUGCAUCUGCAAGGAGAGUAAUCUCUGUGGCAUGUUUCCCAAAUAAGAUACUUGAUCUAAGCAGUAAAUAAAGUUGUGAUAAGCUUUGUUGAUAAAUGGGAACGUUUUACCCCAGCCAUUAGUCACUUAUUUGCAUUAAGUCUCUAAGCAAAACAUACUGCAAAAGGAAUAGUUUACCCUCACUUGAAUAGGAUAAUACUGGCCUUUAUUUAAAGAUUAUUUGAAAAAUGGGUUGGAAAGAAGUACUUACUGUAUGGGUACCUUACUGAAUGUUAAGUGUUUUCAGUCACUUAUCAAAUACAAGAUACAGUAAUAUAAAUU